GCCACAAUCACGCAUAACCCCCAUCCGGUUGUUGACAACAUAUGCUGGCUACUAGGUAACCGCCUAUUGCCGCCUCUGUUGCUACUGCUGCUCAGAGUACAGCCGUCGCUGAUCUCGCUGCUUGUAGUUUUUGUUGUGUUAUUGCUACUAUUGCCUCCUGUUCAUAGAUUGUUGCACAUGCGCAUGCGCAAAAGCUUUCAAUUUCAGUAAGCUUUAUUGUUUUUGUUAUUACUCAUUGUUGGCCCAGAGCGAAUUGCUAUAUGCUAAUAGCACACGCCGCCUCAGCGCAUUAUGUAUGUUCUUAUUGUACUUAACAUUGCACAAAUCUUUGUUUACACUUUUCUAUUUUUUGGUAUUUCAUUUUGAUUUUGGAUUUUGCUUUGCGCACAUUAUUCAAACUCAUUCAACAUAAAAGAUCGUUUCGAAGUAAUUCUAAAAUCAGUUGCAGCUGGAACGUCGUUUAUCUUGUAUCAACUGUGCGUCUGUCUGCUUGUGGAUGUGUAAACAAAAUUAAGUUUAAAUAAAGAUAUACCGAAGUAAUAAUAUUUCGAAAAUGAUCAAAAUGCACUCAGUCUUGCUUUGCCUCUGCCUAUUCACAAUCUCAUGCAGCGCGCAAUUUUAUUUUCAUCAACCAGUGCCAUUGCCCUAUCAACAACAUCAAUACCUACAAUAUACCACUUCACCACCGGAUUUCAAACCAAUAUCUGAGCCCAAUCAGGAGGGCCCACCGCAUCCCUCAGUUGUAGCCAAUGCUGAGCGGGAGUCACUAUUACCACCCGAGUUGUCGAAGAGUCGGCGCUUCUAUAGUAAUCCACGUAUCGCCGCUGCACUUGCGAAAGAAUCACUACUAACACCCAAAGAGAUGGUCGUAAUCGAUCGAGAAGCAGAAAAAAUCGAUCGCAAUCAAAUUUAUAAAAUCUUCCACAAUGCCGGUUGGGCGUAAGGGUCAUAGUCGCUCUGUUUAGAGUGAAGUGUUUUGUUUAGCCUGUGCUUUGUUUUUGUUGUUAAUCUCUUGCCAAUUAGUCUUAUCUAACUAUAUUUUAUUAUGCUCAUAUCUACAUAUGUAUGUAGCUGUAAGUUAUUGAAAAGAGUAUUUAUUGUUGUUAGAAUUAAUAAAUUACGGUACAUGAAACUUUAAAAACCAAUUAUU